UUAAAUUGCUCAUACGUUGAAUUUAAAUUUAAAUAUGGACUGAACAAGUUUAAAUCGCACAACUAAUAGGUCAAGUCCUUCGAAAGAGAGAAUUUCUUUGUCUUUGUCGAUGAGCGAUUCUAAAAAUUCAAACCAACUGAGAUCCUUUGAUACAAGAAAUGAGAACAAGAAUAGUUCUAAUACAGGCAGUCAUCAUGGCCCUUCAUUACAAGGAGCAAACUCGAAAGAAUCAUCAAAUAUAAAUGGACUAUCAGACGCUGGAUUUCAACUAAGCCCAACUGUAGAUGGAAUCAUAAUUUCUCCGACCCCUAGCAAGGAUAAGAGUCUCGAAUGUGACAGGAUCCAGAGUCUUAAGAACUACAUCAACAUGAGGUUCAUCAGAGGCGAUUUCAAGGAUAUACAGUGCAAUGAUAUUAGCAUCGAGAGCAACUGUAAACAGAAACAAAUUGCUGACUCUGACUUUUAUCCUAGCGCAGAAGUUGUCUGUACAAGAGACAACAUGAAGUCAUUAAGUACUACGACAACUGCUAAUAGAUGAGAUAAGGAGAAUAGUGGCCGACUUUCUAAUAUUAACGGUCUCGUUUCUCAUACUUGUUUAUCAAAACUUAAUACUGAAGAAAAGGAAAAUAUAGGAAAAGAUGAAACCUUCUCUCCACCGCUAGCCAGACAAUUAUUCACAAAACACGGACUCUUUGAAAUAGAAGAGUUAGAGGACGAUAAGCAAGGAGAAAUAAAUCUUCAGAACUUUGAUUGGCUCGAAGAGGAGGAAAAGGAAGAAAAGAAAUUCCCUUCUCUACAAAAGAUCACUGAAGCACCAGAUUCUCACUCCAGUAGUUCUCCAAGUAGGGUUAAAGAAAUAUCCAAAGAACAGAUUAAGAAAAAUAAGGAGAAUCUAUGUCAAGUAAAUCAGCAAAGUCUUAAAAUUGGUGAUAAUAAAGAUCAGCAAUUGAAACAGAAGCCUUCAAUAAAGCUAAAAAUAAGGCUCUCUAAUGAUAAAAUACCUGUCGAGCUGCAAAAACUUAAUGAAGAUUUAGAGAUCUCAGUUGAACUAACUACUGAAUCUCAAGAUCUUGAGCAAGACUCUACUAAAAUCAAUGAGAUUUCCCAAAAAGUGUUUGAAAGCUUAAGGAACCAUUUUGAAAUUCCAAAAGAGAAAUCUAAACUUAAAGUAUCACAUAGCAGUAAGAAUAUUGUCAAAGAGAAACCUAAAGUAGUUUCAAAGAACAGAAGGCACUCAAAGACAAGAAGAACAGAGAUUAUUCUUGAAGAUAGACCUCUUAAAAGAAAGGAGAAUCCUCCAAAGAAAGUGAUAAAGCAUGAGAAGCACGAGAAGAAAUGCAAAGUUCUCAAAGAAUCAAAAACCACCAUUUCUGAAAAGAAUAGAGAUGAUUCGAACAACUCUAAAUGUGAGGCCAGGAUCAACGUCAGGACUCGCCAGAAGGAAUACAUGACCAGGCUCUCUGGUAGAAGGAAAACCAAGAGCAAGAGAACCCCUUUAGCUGAGAUAAAGAAAUUAAGCUUGCAUAAAAAUGGCAAGAGCAAGCAGAUUAUUAACUCUCCAGAAUGUGAGUAUAUCAAAGGUCAUGCUAAAAAGUGGUCUAAACUGAACAGACAGAAGAAAAUUGACCAAAAUGCAGGAAAAGCUAUUAAACCUCGUCAACCAGAAUCUGAAUCACAGCAGAGGACUAAAAGAUGUACUAUAAACUCUUUUUCACAAGUGAAUCAUAAAGUGUCUUUGGAUAUUCCUAUUCUUAACCCUCCUGAAUUCUCUACUAAGAAAUUUGAUCUGACCUCAAACUCUACAGAAGUAUUUCUGAUAGACUCUCAUUGAAUCGAGGAUAAGGAAAAUCAGUUUGUAAACUUCUCCAUGAGCAAGACAAAUCCAGUGGUUACAAAGAAGAACUUUACAGACACUCAUGAAAGUACAGUUAAGAACGAGUCUCUGUUCAAAAGCCAAGAUAUGAAAAAUAAGAUUCAUUUACCUCGAAAAACAAUUUCUCGGCAAGAAAAUCAUGCAUCAGUGAAGGAUCUUAUAUCUGGCCACAAGAGGUCUAAAGCACUGCAAUCCUCCCUCUCACCAACAGAGUUUACUCAGACUCCAAAUAUUCUAAAGAAAAAUGUUAAGAAGAAACUAUGCAAAAGACGGUUAAUGAAGUCAAGCUCUAAUUUUGAAUGACUAAACCACUUUAAGAAGAAGAAAAUGGAAGCCUCAGCUGAGCUCAACAAGUUGAAGUACCCUAAGAAGAGGAAGAAUAGCAGCAAACAUGACAGACAUUCAGCAAUUCAUGUAAAUAAAACUAGAAGUAAAUAAGAUUAAGACCUCGAGAAAAGCAGUCAAGAACCUCCUUGGUUCGAAUGACCUUAGAAGAAAGAUGAUGUCUCCUUUGGGUAAGAGAGAUGAGUAUCCACAUCAUAAAUUGGUUGGGAAGGACACUAUUUCUUCAAAAGAUAUGUUCUUCCACAAAACUGUUUCUACUUUGAAGCUAAACCCCAAUACAAAUGACAAGUUAGACUGCCUUGUUAGUAUUCAGGAGGCAUCUAAGUUACUGAUGAAGGGAUCUAAAAUUUUCAACAAAGAAAGAAAUGUUGCAAGCAAAUACUCCAGAGACCUCAAAAGCUUCCUAAAACAUACGAGGAAAAAGGUCAGAAAGGUACCAAGAAAUGUCUCAAAGACCUCUAAUUCUUCAGUAAACCAUCUCUAGUGGUAUAAUCUAAUGAAACCAAUAAAAAUGAACUAACUAUUAAUU